AUGCCACCUAAACAAUUAGUUGAUGAAGAUGACCGACAAAACCAUCAUCUCGAUGAAUUAGUUGAUUAUUCAAAGAGUUUCCAGACCAACGCCAGUAUAAAUGAGAAAGCCGAAAAUGGUCAGUCUGAAGAUAAACGUAUAAUUAAUUUGAUUUUAGAUCAUUCUGCAUUUGUUAGAGGAAUUGGUAACGUCAAAAGAUGGUUUAAUCAACAAUAUGUUGAAUCAAAUUAUAAAUCUUUUACCAAGAAUGAAAAAGUUUACUUAAAUAUAUUUAUUCCUUCUUAUACUUUGCAUGAAUUUGACUUUGCUAAAAAGGGUACUUCCAUGAUGGCAACCAAUGCCAGAGAAGCCAUUAGAUUUAUUGACCGAGUUUUUGAAUCAGAUAUUAAUGCAGAAGAUGAUGGUCAUAAUUUUAAGAACCCGAUAGUUUAUAAUCUUACGAUUGAAACAAUUAAUAAUAGUUAUCCAAGUUGGAAUGAGUGCUUAAAGUACAAGAUUCAUAAUCCUAAAGUCAAAGAAUUCCCUAAUUUCAAAACCAAAUUUGACUCUAACUUAAUUGGUCAACAUUCUGAAGCUAAUAAUAAUCCUUAUGACGAAUUAUCGGAGAAUUUUGGCUCAACUUUGAGUUUCAAAAAUAAUAAGUUGAACGAUAUUCAAUACGAAAAUUCCCAAUCGUAUCAAGAUGCCAUUGCAAGAAGUGAAGACGAAGCUGAAAUGCCAGUUAGAUUAAGGUAUUUAAUCAAAUCUUGUAUUUAUAAAAGAUUCAUUGAUGGUAAGUCCGUAAAUCCAUUACAUGAUUCUACUUCCGCUUUAGAACAGUGGAAGCUAGUUACCGAAGAUCCAAUAACUAAAGUUUGGGCUAAAAGUUUUGCCAUUGAUUGUUUAAAUGUUAAUGAAGCAGAAUUACUUAUUUUCCAAUCUCAUGAUAUCAAUCAUUUUAGAUUAUAUGAUCCUCGUUAUAACUUCAACUCCGAUUACGAUCAUUUGAAUGAUGACCCAGAAUCAGGAAUUUUACAUAACACCAUUGAUACCACUCAAUACUCCUAUACUACCAUGAAAAAGGAAAAAUCUCUUCCUCCUGGUAAAGGCCGUAAAAGUAAAGAUCACUGGUCAAAAGCCAAAGGCAAAGGAAAAGACAGAUACGAUAGACCCUCUACCAAAAUUGAAGGGGUGGUUUCUACUAGUGAUACUUAUGGUGGUGAAUAUGUCAAGAAAGAAAAAUUCGAUGCAAUCAAUUAUGCUCCCAGAGGUUCCGGAAAAUUAUGGAAACCAAGCUAA